GUUGAAAUCCUGGUGGUGGGGCGCAUCUGUCAGUUCUCUCGAUCAGCUGGCGAGGGUUGUUUAUCGACGGGCGGAGGCGCUGCUGGGGGAGCUACAGACAGCUGGCCCUUCCCUCCCAUUACCUAGGCCCUGCACGUUAAUUAAUCAGGCCUAUAGUGAUGGUGACACCAAUGGCAUCUUCCAUUCCCUAUACGACGUUUGCACCCAAUGAAUCAGAGUCUGGAGUGACAGAGCCGGCAUGGGACACAUUGCUCCUGGAGCCAGAGAAGCACAGCUGCAACCAGUAUGUGACACAGAACAAGACCUCGUGGCUGCACACCGGCUAUGAAGGCAUCCCGGAGAACUUGCUCAUCAAUUUUCUUGCCUGGCUUUUGCUGCUGUCUCUGUUCACCGUGCUAAGGAAGAAGGCCUGGAACUAUGGCCGUCUGGCUCUGGUCCAGAAGUAUGAGAGCCGAAUAAAGAACCUUGGAUUCAGUCAGUACAAUGUGUGGACUCAGCUGUUUUACGGGCAAGAGUCAGACACGGGGAAAAUGGCCGCAGAGGUUGAUUCUGUCUCAUCCAUGGAGUUCAACUUGCAUCUGGACAAAGGCUACUUCUCAUGGAUACCAGCACUCUUCAAAAUCAGAGAUGAGCAGAUCUUGGCCAAGAGUGGGAGGGACGCAGUGCAGUACUUGUCCUUCCAGCGCCACAUUGUUGUCUACUUGAUGAUCGUGUGCGUCAUCAGCAUCACCAUCGUCCUCCCCAUCAACUUCCAAGGGACGCUAGAGGGAGGCCCAAAGGAGUUUGGCCACACCACCAUGGCUAAUCUUAACCCACAGUCAAGGCUCAUGUGGGUUCACGUCACCCUCGCCUUCCUCUUCCUGCCACUGGGAAUCCUGUUCACCCGAAGGUUCUCCAAGAAGCUUGACCUGAAGGAGGUAACCACCAGUGCCUCGCGGACCCUCAUGAUAACACGUGUCCCCCGCAGGUCAUGCCACAAGGACACCAUUCUCAAGCACUUCCAGGAGGCUUACCCAGACGUGGAGGUUCAAGAUGUGCAGUUUGCAUAUGACAUAAAGUCCCUGAUUGAGUUUGACAAAGAGAGGGAGGUGGCACGCAACGCUCGCAUGUACUGUGAGGCCUACCUGAAGGAGACUAACCGGAGGCUGGACAUGCGACCCUACAAGUGUGGCGUCAUUUGUGGCUGCUGCGACAUAUUCGGCUGCCCCACUGUUGAUGCCAUUGAGUUCUAUUCCGAGGAGGAGAAUCGGCUAGCUGGAGAAGUCGAGAAUGAGAAGGUGAAGGCUUUGCAGAGGCCGACAGGUGUGGCCUUCUUGACCUUCGACAGUAUUGAGAAUGCCAACAAGGUUCUCCGAGACCACAGGAACAAGUGUGAUUGUUUCAGGAACAUCCCGGCCUCCUCCGUGUCCUCUGACCUCAAACCAUACAACUGGUUCAUCCGUGUGGCUCCCUCUCCUGAAGAUAUUUACUGGGGAAAUCUGUCUGUCACUAACCGUCACUGGUGGCUGAAGGCGGUGAUCAUCAAUAUAAUCCUCUUCUUGAUCCUCUUCUUCCUCACCACACCGGCUGUCAUAAUCAACAGUCUUGACCUACUCCCCAUUCAAGGACAGCUUUACAACAUGAGCCCUCUACUGUCGGAGUUUUUCCCCACCCUGUUGCUCUGGGUCAUGGCCGCCCUCAUGCCUGUCAUCGUGUCGUAUUCAGACCAAUUCAUGUCUCACUGGACUCGCUCGGUUCAGAACCACUCCAUCAUGAGGAAGACCUUCAUUUUUCUCCUCUUCAUGGUCAUCAUCUUGCCCUCUCUUGGCCUCACAAGUGCCAAGGGUUUUGCGGAGGUUGUGUUGAGGCCCCAGAACGAGACCUUCCGCUGGGAGUGUAUCUUUCUGCCAGACAACGGUGCCUUCUUCAUCAACUACGUCAUCACCUCGGCCUUCAUCGGCACCUCCUUGGAGCUGAUUCGUUUCCCUGAACUCUUCAUGUACAUCCUGCGACUUGGGCUCUCCCGUUCCCAGGCAGAGACGGCCAGCGUGAGGCAGGCCAUCCUCUACGAGUUUCCCUUCGGUGUGCAGUAUGCCUGGAUGAUGCUGAUCUUCGCCAUGACCAUCAUCUACUCGGUUUCCUGCCCUCUCAUCACUCCCUUUGGGACACUGUAUAUGGUAUUCAAGCACCUUGUGGACAAAUACAACAUCUACUUUGCUUAUGGAAGAUCAGUUAUCAGCAAAAAGAUUCACACCACGGCCAUCAACUUCGUGAUAGUGUCCAUUGUGUGUCUGCAGUUGAGUCUCCUCUUCUUUUCCAUACUGCGACAAGGCCUGAAGAAGGACCUCACCAUAUACAGUAUCAUACUCCUGAUCAUCACCUGCCUCGUGUUUGUCACCCACAACACCUUCCACUGGUUCAAGGACCUCAGUCCUGUGGAGUAUAAGCAGGAGUUUAGCAGCGACCAACCCAACGGAGAAGUGUCGUCAGUGAGUGAAGAUGGACUGGACCCUGACACUUCCCCGACUGAGGUGGCCUGCCAGUUUGUUCCAUCUGUGUUGCGCGAUGCUCCCUCAGGGGUGGAGUCCAGCUAUUCCUUCAUCGGGAGUAGCCAGCCUCCACGUAGCUACGGAACGAGGCCGCUGGAUGACGAUGUGGGGAGCUUUUUAGGGACGGAGGUGCCAGUGAGGGGGACUGCCUCUCUGUACCAGGACUACUCCCAGCCUAAGGCUGAUCCUACCAAGGCCUCGAGCCAGGAACAACCUACACAAGAACCACAGGAACAUGAGCUUGAAGAACAACAGCAUCAGCAAGGUGAUGAACAGAAUGAACAACAACAGGGAGAGGAACAAGAUGAACAACCAAGCAAUUUACAAGUACGAACAGUCAAUGCAGAGAUCAACAUUCCGGCCCCUCAGCCUGGCUCAGAGGAGGAACCAGUUGUGGAGGACGAGGAUGAGGUGUACACCCGCGGCUCCCCAACGGUGGUGACGGUGGAUGGCACGGUCACUGUUCCCUCGGGUGACGGCAGUGGCUCCCUCCAGAAGCACAGCCAUUCCACCUCAGACCAAAGUGCUCCUGCUACUAAUGUUUAGGUUGAUGUGUGGUUCCUUGUGUUGUGUGUGCAUGGGAGAAUGGUGAUGCCAGUUGAUGGGGUAGUGGAUAGUAUUCUGUAAGCUUUAAGAGCUGCCUGAUUGAUGAGCAACCAUGUUAGCUGCCAUUGAAAUGGGGAGCUGUGUCAGAAGAAAAUCCAAAAGGUAUAAUCAUUAUAUGAUUAAGAGAUUAGAUGUGUUCCUGAUUUUGUUCAGGAUAUUGUUAUAAGUGAUUGAAAAAUUAUACAAAUUUUCAUCCUGUCAUAAGGCUAGCAGUAGUGUUGUCUUGUCCUACAUCCAGCCAAAUGAUAAUUAUGCUGUAGUGUAAAAUUCAGUUAUUUCAAAUUCAUAUAUUUGUAUGGGAAGGCUUGGUGUUCAUCAGCAGUAUAUUUUUCAAAAAAACUGGUGUCUGAAGAGACCUUAGGAAGUGGCUUCAUGUGAUAAAGGACUCUUACUGUGGUUGUUUUCAUGAGAUGGAAAGGAUUAAUACCAUGUUCAGAGUGAAGCCUUUGUGCAUCAGUGUUGCAGAUGAAUUAUUGAUUUAAAUUGCUGAUUCAUUACCCCAAAAGAACAUGUGUGUGCAAGGUUGUUUGUUUUGGUCCUGCCUGAGGAAGCAUUCAGGCUAAGCCACAAGCCAGCACCCGUGUGUCUGGUGGGGGCGGGUGUGUCGUCCACCCAUCCUGUGCUGCAAACUCUCAUAAGGGUGUGUUGCCAAUUUGCAAGGACCAUUCCAAUUAGUACUCAUAUCAGAAAAUAAGCUGAUCUGGAAAAUCAAGCAGAAGUAUGAAAAUGAAGUAUUGUCAGAAUAAUGAUUUUUGUUUUGAUGGUAUUUCAAGUUUAUAUCUCAUGAGUUUUCCCGACUAUCUUCAUACAUAAUAUGAGCAGUAAUUGGGAAGGUGUAUAUACAUUGGCAAACAUACUCUCUGUGGCACUCAAGCACAAGACAAUAUUUACAGCACCGAUUGAAGGUUAUUAUUUCCAAAGCAACCAGAUCUGUUAUGUUUCCUGCCAAAGAGCUCAUGGGAGUAGCCUGGAUGGCUUGUGAGGCAAGUCUGUGUGUACAUACCACAAGGGUUGCUCAGUGUAGCAGUAGUUUGUCAGGUUUUGUAUUUUUUAUAGGAUAUGUAAUGAUGUAUUUGGUUGCAGCUAACAUCAGGCAUAUGUAUGUUUUAUUUGUAAAAAAUAAUAAACUAACGAGUGAAUGAGAGUGAUGCACAAGUGAUGGUUUAGUUACCAUGUCAGCAAGUCAGAAGUCAUUUCGAUUCUUAGGUUCCUUGUACUUAAAUACCCUAGCACAUCGAUGUGAGUGUAGUCAUGCCAGGUCCUGGUGGCACAUUUCAACCAAAGCAAAAAAACAAAAAAAUUUUUGUACAGUUACCAGAAUUUAGGAUAAGUAUAAAUUUUGCUCUUAUAAAGGGAAACCAGAUUGGAUAAUAUUCGUAUGACUAGGAACAACUUUGCUUGAUGAAACUUUAGCAUGGAUUUUGAAAAUUUAGAGAAGAAACAAGUCAGGCACUUUAGUUCUUGUGUAAGACUUAUGUUUUAGCAAGGAGCCCCCAACACAGCCUUUACAGAGCUAGGAAUGCCUAAUGUGUAGCCUAUUCAAGCUAGGAAUCCCUAAUGUGUAGUAGCCUUUAUAAAGUUGCCUACUACUCAAGAUUGCCUUUGGCCUUUAAAAGUGAAAGUGUAUUGUGAACUUAUUGCAUUAUUGUAAGUGUUAUUCACAAGUGAACUCUGUAAAGCCACUUACUCAAGCAUGUAGUGAACUUAAAGCAUUGCUGAUGUCUCUAGAUGUUGCAGGGUUAAUGGGACUUUAUAUAUCAUGCAGUUUAAUGGGAGUUUACAGAUGUUACAGAAUUUUUAGGGUCUCCUUUGUUUGCUGACUGUGUUUGUUUAUCAUCACAUUUCAAAUGCAAGUGUUGAUCCUGUAUGGAUUGGUAUUUAUGUUUUUAUUCUGCUCCUCCUUUGUGAUGUGUUUGGGGAACUACUAAUUUGUCCUUUUCCCCCCUUUUAUAGAUUUUCCAGUUAGCUUCAACCUCAUUUUACAUUGUCUCAACAUGUUUCAUAAUCAUACGUUACAUUUUCCGUGUUACUGUGAAAAGUAGUGGGUAAUAGGCCAGAAGGUACUGUAAGAAUCAAUCAUUAGUAAUUUUCAUCAAUUGUAUGAUUUGUGAAUACAUAUUUAGAAGUAUUUCCCUAUAUUUAGUGCAAUUUUGAGAGCUACAGUGUAGAUGUCUGUCGUGCCAUUUUACUAACGUGUAUUCUACUUAUUAAUGUCUCCAAGCAUUAGUAAAUACCAGCUUAUUACAGUCUCCUGGCCGUGUAGCUUCAUUACAGGAUUAGUGACUUUCCCUCCUGCGAAGAGAGUUCCCUUUAUAAGACGUUUACCAAUUCGUACUCGCCAUUCGAACUAGUACUCAUGUCUGGAAUUAAGCUCCUCUGGAAAAUUGAGCCAAGGCAUAAAAAUUAAAUAUUGUCAAAGUAAGAUUCAGUAAUCAAGAUAUAUUUUGAUAAUACCAAUUUAUUUUUAUACCUCAGCUCAGUUUUCCAGAGUAUAGGUUGUCUUAAUGUAAGUACUAAUUGGAAGAGUGUGAGGAUUGGCAAACAUUCCCUAAGUGCUGCAAACUAGUGUAUGACUGUGUCUUAGCCCCAGAGCACAGGAGCUAGCCAGGUAGUCCCUGUCAGGCAGUAGAGAUGUAGGAUUUGUACUCUACAACCUGACACAGCACGGCAACACCCACCAAGAGUCACACUGUUUCCACGCCGCACACGGCAGGCACAGCAGCGGCAGCAGCAGCAGCAGCCUCAUUGCUCUUCUGAUUGUCAUGUUUAAUUUCUUAUCUCAGGCUUUUAAGUGUAUCUUUUGUCACACACACACACACACACACACACACAUACACAAUGAAUAUAUCAUAAUAUAUUUAUUUCUGUUGUAUAUUUGUCUUUCCAGAUAGAUCCCUUACUUAUAUUUUAAUCAGUUAACUAUUAACUUAUCCAAAUGUAUUAUAAUGCAAUUAUAAUUUGCUGGACAUGCUCUGCUUAAGCUCUCUAGUGAUAUACAUAUAUACAAAUAUAUUUUGUGCCUAAUAUCCAAAUUUCUUAAUAAACUUUGAGGGCAA